AUGGCCACCCACGACUCUGACGAUGACCUCGACGACAUUCUCAAAGACGUCACGAAUCCCGAAGAACCCAUUCAAUCGACCGAGAACCCGCCACAGCCGCAGUACCGAAGCAACAAGAACAGCGAUGCUGCGGGCGGCCUAGGCGUUGACGAAGAGAUUGUCAUCACAAAAAAGCGCCAGCCUGCGCCGAAGCUCGAUGAUCAACGGCUGCUGUCUGAUCCUGGAAUUCCCCGCUUGCGCAAGAUCUCAAAGGAUCGCCUCCGCUUCAAAGGGAAGGGUCAUGAGUAUGGAGACAUUGCCCGUAUGCUGAACAUGUACCAGCUGUGGCUCGACGAUCUUUACCCCCGCGCCAAGUUUGCCGACGCCCUAGCCAUCAUCGAGAAGGUCGGCCAUACGAAGCGCAUGCAGCUGAUGCGGAAGGAUUGGAUUGACGAAGGCAAACCGCGACGCAACACAGGACAGGAUGAAGACGACGAUGAUGCGACCCGAGAGAAGACCCCACAACAGAGCACCGAAGACAUGGAGGGCGUCGAGAAUGGCGGCCAAGAAGACGCAGGCCACCAAACAGAACGGGAGGCAUCUACGCGCAAUGCAACAGGCGAUGCAGCGGAAUCUCCAGAGAGCGGGGACCCCGACGACGACGAGUUAGAUGCAUUGUUAGCUGAGAGCGAACAGCCCAGCUACACAGCACCCAAGACACUCCCAACACGGCCGAUGCCCACCCAAGACGAUCCUUUUGCGGACGAUAUGGAGGCAAUGGCAGAGAUGGACGACAUGUGGGAUUGA